UUCGACCAGUGGAGCCGCAAGCACGACGAUGGGCACGUACCUCGAGGACUACCUCGAGAGCAUCUACAUGCUGCCGUCCGAGGUCAAGCGCAACUUUGAGCUCAUGCGCGAGCUCGACAAGGCGACGCGCGGGAUCAUGGAAGAGCUGCGCGAGUCGCAGUCCGAGUACCUGCGCGACGCCCGCGAGCGCGUCCGCGUCCGCUGCAGCGACACGUCGCUGCCCGAGCCAACCGAGGAAGAGCUCCGCGCGUUGGUCGAGCAAGAAGUAGCCAAGGACGACCCGAGCGCACCGCCCGACGAAGCGAGCCCGCCACCAAAUCCGCUCCUCGCCUCCUUGAAGGCGAAGCGCCACUUGGUCAUCCAAAAGAUGGACGAGAAGGUCGCGAUUGCGUCACAGAGCUACGACUUGAUUGACCACCACAUUCGCCGACUCGACAACGACCUCGCCAACUACACGGCGCUCUUGCAGGCCAACGGCGAGUACGAAGACGAGAAGAUUGUCAUCAAGAAGCCUGUCGCGGCCGUGGCCCCGGCCGUGCCGCAAGCUGCGACAGCGACCACCAACAAGAAGGCCGCUGUGCCCGUGGCCACGGUCAAGAAGAGCGCGGGCUCGAACCGGAAGCGCAACGCUGCCGAGGCGCAGCUCGAAGCGAUUCCCGAGGCGACCGCGAUUGCCAGUACCGGUCACAUUGCGCUCGAGGACCUACCGAUUGACCCGAACGAGCCGCUCUACUGCCACUGCCGGCGCGUCUCGUACGGCCAAAUGAUCGGGUGCGACAACGAAGACUGCAAGUACGAGUGGUUCCACUUUGACUGCGUCGGCUUGACCGAGCAGCCCGCCGGCGCGUGGUACUGCAAAGAUUGCCGGAAGGCCUAGUACAUACUACAACCACCAUACUCUAAAGCCAUCCUAUUAUCUCCUUUCUCUUGCC